CUCUCUUUCAAGUCUCCUUGUUGCUUGCAAUGGAGUCCAUUUAUGGAGAAAGUGUCUUCAUCUUUGACAGAGAGAAAGACCAGCGAUAUUUUCAGAUUCAUAUAAAUGUUGAAGGUUCUAGUGAACUUGCCGUAACAGCAAACCUAAAUUCUUCCACUGAUCCUAGGAUCAAAAAGGAGAGCUCAGAUGAUUUCUUGUACUCAUUCAAAGUCCGAUAUCUUCCACCAAUUGUGUUGACCUGUUUAUUACCCAAGUCAUACCCUAGUCACCUACCUCCUUAUUUUACCAUCUCUGUUCAGUGGUUGGAUCCUGUUAAGAUUUCCAGUCUCUGCUCCAUGCUAGACUCAAUAUGGAAUGAGCAGCCGGGGCAAGAAGUUAUAUAUCAAUGGGCAGAAUGGCUACAGCAUUCAUCUCUUUCUUAUCUUGGGUUUGAUCAAGAAAUUAUUCUUGGUCCUUAUGGCAUCAAAUACAAUGAAGAUAAGCGUGCAGUUUCAGGAAGCGUCUCUCCUGACGUUGAUUUGCCUUCAAUUAGGAGUUAUAAUGAAGAGAAAUGCCAUGAGAACUUCCUCAAAAGCUUGCAUGAGUGCUGUAUCUGUUUUAAUGAAUAUGCAGGUACUGAAUUCAUCAAGUUACCUUGUCAGCAUUUCUUCUGCUGGAAAUGCAUGAAAACAUAUUCGGAUGUACAUGUCUCAGAAGGGACUGUAAGCAAACUUCAAUGUCUGAGUGCAAAAUGUGGAGGUAUGAUACCACCUGGUUUGCUGAAACAGUUGUUGGGUGAUGAAGAAUUUGAACAUUGGGAGUCAUUGAUGUUACAAAAGACAUUAGAGUCCAUGUCCGAUGUUGCUUAUUGCCCGAGAUGUGAAAUAGCCUGCAUAGAGGAUGAUGAGCAACAUGCCCAAUGCUCCAAGUGCUUCUUUAGUUUCUGUACUCUUUGCAGGGAACGGCGUCAUUUAGGAAUAGCUUGUAUGACUCCUGAAAUGAAGCUUAUUAUCUUGCAGGAGCGACAGAAUUCAUCUCAACUGAAAGAAGAUCAAAAGCGCAAGGAGCGGGAAAUGAUAAACGAGAUUCUGAGUGUCAAGGAAAUACUUAAAGAUGCAAAACAAUGCCCUACUUGUAAAAUGGCAAUCUCGAGGACUGAAGGUUGUAACAAGAUGGUAUGUAACAAUUGCGGGAAGUACUUCUGCUACCGAUGUAACCGGCCGAUUGAUGGAUAUGAUCAUUUCAGGGGUGAAGGGUCCUGCGAACUGUUCUCGCAGGAAAUUAUACAGAAUUGGGAGGUGAGGUUUAAUGCUCGCCAGGUUGUGGGUCAGGCUCGAGCUGAACUCUAUGCAGAAAAUGCACACUUGUGUCCUAAUUGCCGCCAAUUCAAUGCGAAGGUAGGGAAUACCAAUCAUAUUCUUUGCUGGGCAUGCCAAGUUCAUUACUGUUAUUUAUGCAGAAAAAUUGUUAGGCGUAGUUCUCAACAUUAUGGACCCAAGGGUUGCAAGCAGCAUACAGUAGGCUAAGGCUGCGUAAAUAGUAAAUAGAUGUUGUAUAAACAUUGUAUUUACUCAAUCAUUUAUAGCAAUAAGUUCCCCCCAAUAACGAAGUAUGAAAUUCCAAAGUCAUGUUUUGAAUAAAUUUAAAUUUUUUUUU